AACAGUCAAAACAAACACCAACAACAAUUUUACAUUUCUUAUAAAAUCCUCUUUCUCUCUUUCUCUCUCUCUCUCUCUACUUUUAAUUUUCAUAUUCACAUUCUCACAUUCUCAUCAUCUCAAUCACCAUGGUUCGAUUCACCAACUCCUUAAUCGGUUUCCUAAACUUUCUAACCCUAAUUUGUUCAAUUCCAAUUCUGGUAAUGGGUGUAUGGCUAAGCAAACAAGCCAACACAGAAUGCGAAAGGUGGUUAGAAAAACCCGUAAUUGCCCUCGGUGUUUUCCUCUUAGUUGUUUCUCUUAUGGGUCUAAUCGGUGCUUGUUGUCGUGUCUCAUGGCUUCUCUGGUUCUAUCUUCUUGUCAUGUUCUUGCUCAUCGUUCUUCUCUUUGCAUUCACAAUCUUCGCUUUCGUUGUUACUAACAAAGGCGCUGGUGAAGUUUUGGCGAAUAAAGGUUAUAAGGAGUAUAGGCUUGGUGAUUAUUCUAAUUGGUUGCAGAAUAGGGUUAAUAAUAACAACAAUUGGAACAGGAUUAAGAGUUGUUUGCAAUCUGGAAAGCUAUGCUCUCAAUUUCAUUCACAAUUUCUUAAUGAUAACGUUAAUAAAUUCUACACCGAGCAAUUGUCUGCUCUUCAGUCUGGAUGUUGUAAGCCGUCAACCGACUGUGGUUUUAUAUAUGAGAACCCAACAACCUGGACGAAGCCGGCAAAUGCUCCUAAUACUACCAACCCUGAUUGCGAUGCUUGGAAUAACGAUCCAACCAUUCUGUGCUUCAAUUGCCAAUCAUGCAAGGCUGGUUUACUGCAAAACCUCAAGACUGAUUGGAAGAAGGUGUCUAUUGUCAACAUCAUAUUCCUCAUUUUCCUCAUCAUUGUCUACUCCAUUGGUUGCUGUGCAUUCAGGAAUAACAGGAGGGACAAUUGGAAGAGAUAUUAGCCUCAUAAAUAAUUAAUCAUUCACUAUUAUUAGCAUGUAUAUGAUUUUAGGCCGUUUGGUUUAUAUGCUGCUAUUUUCGUGUGGGUUCUUUUGUUUAUUUUCUGGAUUUCGUACUUUUUUCAGUACAGUUUGACUAUGUUGUGUAAAUUGCUCAAUUUUAUAUUACAGUUCUUAGCAUCACCC